GUCCAAUUGAGUGAAAGUUUAAGUCUUUCAGCAUUUCUGUCUUUGCUGCCCAAUUCUAGAGAGGCAUUAGUUGGCCAAAAUGCAGAGGAGAGCAUCCAAGGAGCCUACCUUCUUCAAGAUUAUCAUAACUGGGUUUAACACUGAUGAUCUGAGAAUCCCACCCAAGUUCCGAAGACACAUGUUAAAUGAACUUUCUGAAACGACAACUUUGGAGUUGAGGGGUUCUUCAAAAUGUUCAUGGAUUGUUCAAGUGAGUCAAAUAGAAGGGGAUAUAUAUUUAAAGGAUGGAUGGCAGAAGUUUAUAAAAGAUAACUCCUUGGGCGAUUAUGAGUUUUUAGUAUUUAGGUAUGAGAGAGCUAUGCAUUUUACAAUAGAUAUCUUUGACGAGACAGGAUGCAUGAGAAACAAUUUUCUGAAAAAAUCCACAGGGGCUGACAAUACGAAAAGACCUCGGGGAAGAGCAAGAAAGUACAACCAUUCAGCUGCUGUUGAAAACAUUCGAAGUUGCCAGUCCACUGAACUGGUAGAGAUUAAAGAAGAGGAAAUAGAAGAGGAAGCUGCUACAUCGCAUAAUUCUGGGUUCCCUUCUUUUGCAAGUAUUAUGCUGAAUCACUUGUAUAAUGUGUCAGUUCCAACAGACUUCAGUAAGAAACAUCUUCCUCAGGGCUACUAUAGCAUUGUGGUGAAAAAUUCAAAGGGACAAAAAUGGAAAGUGAAAGUCGUCCGUUCUUGUACUUCAGUUAAACUUUCUGGAGGGUGGGCAGAGUUUAGACGUGCUAAUCAAAUCAAGUGCGGAGAUAUUUGCACAUUUAAGCUCGUGGAAAGAAAGACCUUGGUGGUUCACGUUGUUCCGAAGUGAUCAGUAUGUUAAUCAAAUCAACUUUCUGGCUGAUUAGAGAUGCUAGUAUUUAAGUGGCUUGUAUAAUGAACUCUUAAUCUGUUGGACUGGUUUGCAUUGUGUUUGCUGUGAUGUUUAAUUAAGAAGUAGGGUAUUUGUUUUCAAAUGCUUUAGAUGGGAGGGUUAAAAUUAAGCUCUGAGAUUACUUUGUAUUUGCACAUUUUAGAAUUCUCAUGAAAACAAAAACAAAAACAAAAAAAUCCUUUUCCUUGGUCCUAGGAGUUUUAUCAAACAUUUACUAGGCAAUUCGAACUGUAGUCUUCACACAUGCAAGUUACCUAAGAGUCGAAGACAUCAUAGCAAAGAAUAAUCCUGCACUUUCAUGUCUUUGUUGAGCCACAAAACAAGAAAUGCCAAUAAAGGCCAUCAGUCCAAAGAAAAGUGAGCUUCAAAUCCCCAUUUUCUUUUCAGCUCUCUGGAUUAUGUUAUGACUAGAACAAGAUCAAAUUCAUUGAUAAAAUUAAGGUCAUCAUCUCAGCUUUAUUAUUUUAUCAUGUGGUUUAACUUGUUGAUAAUACAAUCUCAAUUCUCUUUAUAGCCAUGGAAUUGAAAUUUGCUUUGAAUACCGUUCUAAAAAGGGCUAUUUAAUAGUUGACAAUGACCAAUUGAAGUCUGAUCACUCUUUACACACAUACACAUACAGAUUAGUUAUGAAUCUUUUGCUGAGAUAUGCAUCUCAGUAGUUUUGCUAGGCUCCAUCAUUGUCAUGGAAAAAAAAAAAAAAAAUACUAGGCUGAUUUAUAUCUUCCGAUGGGGAACUAUAUUUCAUUUUGCAAUAUUAUUGUCAAAUUCUCUCAAUUUCAAACUCAUAUGGUAAAUCUGUCAUAUGUCUCACAUGGACUACCCAUGCCUUAUAGUUUCUGGUUUAUACAUAUAAAUAACAGCACAGUUUGAUUAUGACUACUCAGACUUGAAUCAUGGUGCCUCUGAUCAUCAGAAAAGCACUUGAAUGAUUUACCAGGAAAAGAAAAACCAAACAAUUAAGUAU